AUGGGUGGAAGGAUCUCAAGCCUGCCACCUCCAUCUUCAACAAUAUCAUCACCACGACCACUUAUGGAAUUAAGAAGAUCAUCGUCAUCAUCAAUCUUUGAAAUGAUGUUUGAUGUUAUUGGAUGGAUUACGGGUGGUGCUCCAGAUCCAAAGGCAGCAGAAACAAUUGAGCAACAACAAGUAAACCAUAAAAGUGAUCAAAACGAUGAAACUGCAGAACCAUGCGAUGUGUCAAUGAUACCUUCAUCAAAUUUAAUUUUACCUCCUACACUACCAGCACCAAGAGCCAUGCUGUUGUCGCCUAUUCCAGCAUGUCCACCCAUACAGAGCUUAGUGCAUCCUUCCCCAAUAAUGCCAUCACCAACCACCCCACAUGCAACUCCCCUCCCAGAAACAAUUGAGGAGCAACAAGUAAACCGCAAAAGUGAUCAAAACGAUGAAACUGCAAAACCAUGCGAUAAGAUAAUGAUACCUUCAUUAAAUUUAAUUUUACCUCCUACACUACCAGCACCAAGAGCAAUGCUGUUGUCGCCUAUUCCAGCAUGUCCACCCAUACAGAGCUUAGUGCAUCCUUCCCCGAUAAUGCCAUCACCAACCACCCCACAUGCAACUCCCCUCCCAGAAAUAAUUGAGCAGCAACAAGUAAACCGCAAAAGUGAUCAAAACGAUGAAACUGCAAAACCAUGCGAUAAGUUAUGA